AGUCUGUCUCUCGCGCCUCCAUUUAGCGCCUGUAAAGCAUUGAGUCUUCAUACAAGCCCAACAGACGCAGAGAACAUAUCAAUUUGAAUUUUCUUUGCUGUCAAUCUUGCGACUGUACAAAUUUUCCGCCCCUCGGGUGUGACAAAGUUGCAGUAGAGACCCGAUUCAAAGGGUGCUUGGCCAACACCAGUCUCACUGCCCUGAGAUCCACCUGAUCCAUGACUUCUAGAGAGCAAUGUUUCCCAGUCGCGCGGCGUUGCGCAUACGCAUCAUUCUGGCGGGCCUAUUCCUCGUGUUGAUAUGCAGCCAGUCUUUCUCGCGCUGGCACAAUCAGAGUGAUGUACCCGAAGCCACCUCCAUCGAUGAUCCAGCUGUACUCCGACAAGCUCAGCUCACCUGGCGUCAUGCUGCUGAAGGCCACAUCGAAUUCUGGCGUCAAUUCCAACCCCUGCUGACCACUUACGAACCAAAAUGCCUACCCCCUUUGAGGCUGGGAAUGGCACCAUCAAUUCGGUUCGAGCAGGCAGACCCUUACGACCAAACCGAGUUCCUGGAUCUCCUCCCCAUGGACAUUGAGGACCUGCAACAGACGCAUCGGGGCUUCCUGGACGCAAUCCAGACUACGCCGCCUCAACUGAACUACACGCGCAACACGCGCGGUCUCGUGUCCACCGCAGGAGGAUCCUACCUCCCCGUGCUCGUGCUAUCGCUCCGCAUGCUCCGGCGUACCGGCUCCCAGCUCCCAGUCGAAGUCUUCCUCGCCAGCGAAGACGAGUACGAGACGUACAUCUGCGACGUGAUCCUGCCCUCGCUGAACGCGCAAUGCAUCGUGCUCUCGACCAUCCUCAACGCGAUCCCGCACUCCAUCCACAUCCAGAAGUACCAAUUCAAGCUCUUCGCGAUGCUCUUUUCCUCCUUCGAAGAGAUCCUCUUCCUCGACGCGGACGCCUACGCGCUCUUCCCCCCGGAAACCCUCUUCACGCGCGACCCCUUCCUCACGCACGGCCUGAUCACCUGGCCCGACUUCUGGGCCACGACGAUCUCCCCGUCCUACUACGCGAUCACAGGGCAACCGACCCCGAGACCGCCGACGCGCCCGUCCAGCGAAUCCGGCGAGGUGCUCCUCUCGAAAAGAACGCACCUGCGCACCCUCCUCCUCAGCACCUACUACAAUAUCCACGGCCCGGAGUUCUACUACCCGCUGCUGUCGCAGGGCGCCGCCGGCGAAGGCGACAAGGAGACCUUCGUCGCCGCGGCCCUGGCCCUCGCGGAGCCGCACUACCAGGUCGCCGAGCCCCUCUGCGCCAUCGGCCACACCACGCAGCGCGGCGGCGGCUUCGCCGGCUCCGCCAUGGUGCAGUUCGAUCCCGCGGAGGACUUUGAUCCGCACGGCUUCUUCCUGUCCACCAACAAUGAAAGCACGACCCGUAGCACCCCGCGGGCCUUCUUCAUCCACGCCAACUACCCGAAAUUCGAUCCCGCCACUGUCUUCGACGCGCACGAGGUCAACCCCGCCAUCGGCGACGAUGGCCGCUACACCCGCGCCUGGACCGGGCCGCCGGAGAUCAUCCGGGCGUUCGGCCGCGACGUCGAGAAGGAGUUCUGGGAGGAGAUCCGGUGGACGGCGUGCGAGCUCGAGGGGAAGUUUCGCUCCUGGGAAGGGAAGAAGGGGAUCUGUAAGAGGGUGAAGAAGUACUACCAGGCGAUGUAUGGGGGACGAUGGUGGGGUUGGUAG